CUGCUUGCUGGCCGUCGCCUCCCGGGGCUGCGGCGAGCCGGGUCGGCGAGCGUCACCGCCCUGCACGCUCCCUCUGUCCCUCCCGACUGCGCGGGGCGGGCGCCCGACUGCCCGAGCGAGGGAAAGCGAAAGCGAAGCGGGUCGUUCCCCUCCCCGGCGGCCAGCCAGGUGCACGGGAGCCGGGAGCCCAGCCGCGGAGCCGGGAGCCGCGGGCGCCGCAGGGUCGCGGGUGUUCAGGCCGCUGCAGCGGCGGCGGCCCCUCCCUCCUUCCUGCGCCGGCGCCGGCCGGCGGGGCCUGGCCCGGUAGCGGCGCGCAGAAUGGGCAGGUGCUGCUUCUACACGGUCGGGACGCUGUCCCUGCUCCUGCUGGUGACCAGCGUCACGCUGCUGGUGGCCCGGGUCUUCCAGAAGGCCGUGGACCAGACGAUCCAGAAGAGCCUGGAAGGGCAGAAUUUUAUGUUCUGUCUCGCUUGGUAAGGCCACUAAUUGUCCUGGCAUCUAGCACAGUGCCUGGUCCAAGGCCAAAGAAGGAUGAUAGCAUUAGGUGUCAGGAACGAGGUGAACGGGACAAACAUACUUAUCCUUGGCCGGGACCUGAGACUCUGGGCACGCAAGAACAGCCAGCCUCUUUUGGGAGCCAUAGAACUUUGGAGCUAUUCUGCUAAGGCCUCAAGAAAUAAAAUAGAAUCAUUGAUAAUUUAACCAAAUAACAUUAAUGGUGAA